GGAUCGGGCGGUUCCAGGACCGCUAUGGCAGCGAAGGAGCACUCGCCUCCCGGGGCGGAACUCCAGAGGCUGGGAGCGGAGGCGGAAAGCGGAGGACAAGGACCACCUCUCCCUACAAGCAGUCAGUUGUUGCAACAGACCGAUGGAGGGCAAGUGGUGGAGCGGAAGAAAAAGCAAAGAAAAAAACAAAGAAAGGCAUCACAGUGUCUUGACAAUUCCAUCGACUGUUUGAUGCUGGAAAUGCCGUUUGCCAAAGCAGAUAUUGAGGCUGAAUUUAGCACCACAGGUACAUCUAAAUCAAAUAUUAAAAAGACGAGAAAGAGAACGACUGGCAGGGAAAGUGAAAAUGACAAUCUAAUCAAGAAGAAAAAGAAAAAUCAAGAUCAUCCCAAUUAUUUCAUCUCAGUUCCAAUUACAAAUCCAAAGAUUACAGAUGGUAUUCAGGCUCUCCAGGAUGCCAUAAUACAAAAGGAUAACAGGCUCUCCAAAGCGAUGGUGCAUUAUGGCUCUUUGCAUGUCACCCUCUUGGUGAUGCAUUUGUCGAGUGAAGCAGCAAUUGACAAUGCAGUUGGUGCUUUCUUGGAGAGUAAAGGCUUAAUUGAAGAACUACUACAAGGAAAGCCAUUGGAUUUAUUGUUUCAAGGAAUUGAUCACUUUAGAAAUCAAGUUGGAUUUGUGAAGUUGAGAGGUGACCAUGCAGCUACACUUCUGGAGAUAUCAGAGAUUGUGAAGAAGAUAUUUCAAGAAAAGGGCAUCUUCGCAGGAGAUGACAAAACUUUUAAGCCUCACUUGACCUUCAUGAAGCUGUCAAAAUCCCCCAAACUACGAAAGCAGGGAGUGAAAAGAAUCGACCCAACCUUGUUUGAAAAUUUCAAGAACCACUGUUUUGGAGCUGAACCCAUGAAGCGUCUAGAUUUGUGCUCGAUGUUGAAAAAAAAGCAACCUAAUGGCUACUAUCACUGUGAGUCUUCUAUCACAGUAGGGAAGAGCCAUGAAGCAGAUGUAAUAAAGGAAGCUUUGCGCAGAGAGCUGUUGGCCCUGUUAUCCCAACUGAAUCAAAUAAAGGCGCUUUUAUCAUGUCCAGCGGUUCGGAUGAAAAUGUACAAAGAACUGCUUGAAAAAGGACUCAUCAGUGGCAGCAUCAGGGAAAGCGUCACUGAUCCUGCAUCUUCAGUCUCUUAACUAUAAAUUAUUAGAGUGCAAAACUCUACAAGUUCAGUUUUUUUUAAAAAAAAAACCAAUCUUAUUUGUUUACCAAAUUUGUAUUGUUUUCUUGGGGAGGAGGGGUGGGGUCUGUAUUAAAAUAUUUGAAAGUAGAAGAAAUAAGCUACAUCAGCACACUUUUCUAGAAUCCAUCCUAUGUGAUGGGGGUAGGUGGGUGAAAUCCUAAUUGAUUCUACAUUUUUUUUAUCCUAGGAGGAAGGGAAAUCUGUUUUAAGCAAUGUAUUCCUUCAGUAACACUGCACAUAAUUGGCACCCUAGUUCUAACCAUUUAUGCUGGAAUAUUUACUUGUGUAUGGAAUUGUAGUAUAAUGACCCAGCACAGUUUGGGAAACGUCAUGGUUUAUGAUAUGGUUGUUCCCUUCCUAUGCACUUGUUUGCACAGGAAGUCAAAGGACAAGUCCAGAUGAGAGCUUCCUGUACUUUCAGUACAGCGCUUUAGUGCAACCCAGGAAGCAGUACCAGCUCCAGUUUUUUAAGGCCUGUUGGGCAAGACACCCUGAAUGGGUCCCCUUGUUCUACCUUCUCACUGCUAUUGUCACCAUCUGCUAUCACUCCCCAUCCUCUUUCUCAUUAUUGCUACCACUUGCUUGUUUGACAGGCAGAGAGCCAGGGUGUAAGUAGAUAGUGGCAUCUACUCCUGCUUUCCACCACCACCACCACCAUCGUCUAGACCGGAAUGGUGUAGAGGAGGAGAAAAUCCACAGGGCUCUUGUCAGUGGCCCCCUGCUGGGGUGAGGGCCCUUAGCAGGUGCCUGGUCAGGCCUCUCUUUGAUGCCAGCCCUGGCAGGAAAUUCAGGGAGCAGUACUGGGACGAGAGAAACGUCCCAUGUGAAAUGGAACUGUGUCUACUCAUCCUUUCUUAAGAAUUGCCUCACCACCAUUGGCCCCACAAUUCUCUCUGCCCCCAAGCAAAUUUACCAUGCAAACUAGAUCAUAGCCCCUCUGCAUAUGCCUUUAGUCUUAGGCCCAUGAUUCCUUGUUUUAUAAGAAAUAAUUUCAGUAGCCUAGCCAUAAAGUAACAUUUUAAAACAAACGCAACAGAUCCUUUUAAAUGAUUUUAAACUGUACAGCUAAGGAAAUCGUUUUAUAUUAUACUGCCAUAUCUCUAUGUAUGACAGCAUUUUAUUUGGGCAAUGUUUACUUUUUUAACAAAACAGGAUUUGAAAUCAUAUGUACAGAUGCUGAAAUACAAUUUGUGCUGUUGUUUACAUGCAAAACUGGAUUGUUUAAAAUUUUUGCAGUAUUUAUUAUGAAUCACAGAACAUAAUUAUCUUUAAUCAUUUCUUAAAGGAGUAUGUUUGAUUUUUUUAAAAAAACAUUUAAAUGUGUUAU